AUGGCCGAUCAUAGCGACCAUGGCGAUCGCAUCUUGUGUCAUGCCUGUGGCGCGGUCUGGUUAAGACUCGGUGGCGGUUUGACGUGUCCGCACUGUCAAUCCGACUUCACGGAGAUCGUCGAAAUUCCCCCUGAUGAUGCUUCACCAGAACCACAUAUCGAGCAUGAUUCCCCACCGACCAAUCCGUGGGAAACUCAUAAUCCAUGGGCUCAGGAAGAGCUGCCGCGACGCUACGGCUUCAUGGACGCUACUUCGCCCAGCUCCCCGCGCUACUCACAGCACACUUACAGAUCACCCGAUGGUCGUUUUGUAUUUAGCAGCACCUCCGUACGCGGAGGAUUCGCAUCCCGCCAAAUAAAUGCGCAGGCCAAUCCCGCAGUGCCAAUGAUAUUCGAAGGCUUGGAUUCAAUAUUCCAGACGCUUUCAAACACCGGAUACAACCAGCGCACACCCCGCGGUGCGGCGGCCAUGGAUCCUUUCGACUCUGACCACCAUGGGACCGACGAGUACGACGAUCCCCCAGAAUCAUUCCCACGCGAACCAGGCGCAGCGCAAUCUAUGGCCCAGCCGCAAGACCUAGUCGAACUUUUGGAUAGCUUCCGACAGAACUACGCACGACGACCAGGCAGAGCCGGCGCAAGUGGCAUAGCAGGCCCAAACCCACUCGCGAACCCACUCGCAAUGCUCUCAGUCUUACUAAACAUGGAUCGGAACGGCGACGCGGUAUACUCACAAGAGGAAUUAGACCGGGUUAUCUCAGAGCUCAUCGAUCAUAAUGCAGCGGGAACUGCACCCCCAGGCGCAUCCACUACCGCUAUCCAAUCCCUACCAAGGAAAAAGGUAGAUCAGCAAAUGUUGGGACCGGACGGCACAGCCGAGUGCUCUAUCUGCAUGGAUAUGGUAGAGAUAGGCACUGAAGUCACAGUGCUACCUUGCACACAUUGGUUUCACUUCAGCUGCAUUGAAGCGUGGCUUAUACAGCAUAACACCUGUCCACACUGUCGCCGGAGUAUCGACUCCAUCAGUGCUACACCUGGCACCACUGGCAGCUCGACUAGCCGCACGCAUGGCGAAGGUACCAGCGAGAACCCGGUCGUCAUCCCAGAUAGUCCCGAGGUCCCAUCACCUGGUCGUCGACGACGCAGUUCUCCUUUUGCCUCGCUUAGCGGUCGUUCUUCUUUUUCAAGGUCUAGUCGGCAUUCACAGGCCCAGGCUCCGGCGACUCCGGAUCCCAAUGCUUCUCGUACAAGGAGAUCUAGUGGGUCCAGUCGCAAUAGUCGUAAUGAAGACAGCCGUGGAGGUUUCACAGGCUGGGUCUGGAGUCGGUUUGGAGGUGGCAAUAACUAA